AUGGCUCCAAAGAGGAGCCGAAAGAGAAAAGCAGAAGUGCCUGAGCCAGACCCGUGGAAUGAUUCCUGGAAUGGGGAGGAAGAGGACCCCUGGGCUCAUGAGACUCACCAGAACCAGAGUGAAGAUCCAUGGCGGUUUGUUGCUGAGGAUGACGUUCCAGCUGAUGGUGACAGCAUGUUGGUGGAGAAUCCAUGGGCUAGCAAUCCAGGGAGCAAGCUCACCACCCAUAACUCUCAGAUCCAUUUGGAUGCUGCUCUUAGGCUUGCUUCGGAUUUGGCACCAAUUGCAAAAGAGGCCAGCCAGUAUGACACAAAUGGAGCAUGCCCAGAGCGACUAGGUUGUGUUCUCUCAUCUAACUGCAAGCGGAAGCACUGUGCACGCCCAGGAUGCAAAGCAGGUGUAAUUUCACAUCAAGAAGUUUGCAGUUUCAUGGAGAAGUGGGUCAAGCUGCCACUUCCUGACAGAAGCCAUCUCCUGCGUUGCAACUACUACCAAGACAAUAGCGUGAUUGCCAGAGAUGCUGAAGCAGUGAAGGAGACAGUGGAGUGGCACAUGUGUGGCUAUGCAAUUUGCUUUCAGAGGUUUUGUGAGAUUCUUGGAAGUAGUCAAAGAACAGUCCGCAGGCUGAUCAGUGGGCAGCCAGAUUUGAGAUUGUCUAAGUCGGGCUUUGGUAGCCAAUCCCGGGCGGCAGUGCAGACUGCCAAAUGUGACCAUUUUUUCCGGACACUCCAUGCGUCAGCUGCUGAGCCAAUGCCAGAGGAGGCCCAAAUGUACCCCAAGGCAAAACAACUGGGCAGUCAUUCAGGAGUUCAGGUGUCCAGGAGUUCAGGGGUUCAGAAGAGAGACAUGACCAGCAUUGAUGCAUGGGAGCAUUGGAGCUAUGACUGGCUCAGCAUGCCUCCAGCAGAUGUUCAAGCAGCAGAGAAGGCUCACUGUGGCACCUUGGGCUUGCCUAUAAGAUACAUUCAACAUCAAAGGUUGAUUGAUCUAUACUGGCAGUUUACAGCUGAAUGGGACAUUCAUGUUGAGAGAAAUCCAGGAGAUGGUGAGUGCCCUGCUUUCCAGACAUUUGCGAAGCGCUAUUACAGCCACUGGCGCUAUGUGCUGGUCAUGAGAAAGAUUUCUCAGCAUGGUCAAUGCAAAACCUGCUUUGACUUUCAUUCUGUGCUCAGGAGCCCAAAAGCUGAUUGGAGCACCAAG